AUGGUAGCAGACAUGACCAAUGCAGCAGCUCUGGGAGCACCAGUGCGUGGUGUCAAAGGACCCUCCCCAAUGCUUAAUUUACCGGGCUUCAACAUAGCCUGGAGUUUCAGCCCUGACUACAUGCAUUGUGUGCUGCUUGGUGUAACACGACAAAUAACAGAGCUGUGGUUCUCGAGUACAGGUACAGACUACUACAUUGGUGCACCUUCUUACAUGAGAACAGUUGAUGACAGACUUCGCAAUCUGAAGCCUCCAAGGCUCUUUACACGGCUUCCACGUUCACUAAGCACCAGAAAGUACUGGAAAGGUGCAGAAUGGGAGCAUUGGCUCCUCUACUACAGUUUGCCAUGUUUGCGCAAUGUGCUGCCAAAUGAAUAUUAUGUGCAUUAUAGCCUUCUCGUAUGUGGGGUAUACAACCUGAUCAAGGGAGAAAUAUCACUAAAUGGCAUCAAUAACAGCACAGAUAAUCUAACAGAAUUUGUUGUACAGACUGAAGUGUUGUAUGGUAGGGGGCAGAUGACGUCAAACAUGCACACUUUGCUGCACCUUCCCAAGGCUGCUCUCUUGCUGGGCCCCUUGUGGGCACACUCCUGCUUCACUUUUGAAAACAACAUGGGUAAGCUACUCAAACAUGUCAAGUCAUCUAAGGGUGUCACAAUCCAGAUUCUGUCAAGGGUGCUUUUUCAGACUAGCAUUGGAUCACUAAAGAGUAUGGCAAGUCCAAGUGUGGCUGACAUCUUCCACCAAGAGCGCACCACAGUGUCAGACAGUCCAAGUGCACUGGGAAGAGGUCAGCCACCAGACAGUGCCUUGAAGUCAUUUGUUGAGCGACACAUAGAGCAUUGUAAGGAUAUUGUGGAAUAUACCCGAAUGUCUGUUAAGAAGCACACGUUUCAUAGCGUUAAGUACACCUUGCCAGUAAAAACUGACUCAACCGCACUCAAGCAAGGGGACUUGUACACAAGAAUUGAAAAUAUAAUUUCUGUAGCAGGCCGUGAUGAUAGCAAAAAGAUGUAUAUUAUGUUCCUUCACGGCAAGAUGUUCCUUCUGCAAAGACCUCCUACGAAACUGCCCAGGAAAUCUUCCACCGAAGUGGAGUUGACAGUUCCCGACAGCAUUCUUGGUGAGCGAACUGAGCCUUUCAUGGAAUAG